AGCGGGAGCUUGGCCGCCUCCGCGAGCAGCAGUCCGAGCAGGAGCAGAGGCUGCGGCAGGAGCGGGAGGAGCUCCGGCGCCUGGACCAGGAGCGCCAGUCGUCGCUGGCCAGCGCGGAGGCGGAGCGGGCGGCGAGGGCCGAGGCCCUGGAGCGCGAGCAGGCGCUCGUGGAGGAGCGGCGGAGGGAGCUGGAGAGGCGCGCGGCGGCCGACGAGGCCGAAAGACUGCGUCUUGCCCGAGAGAGGGAGGAGGCCCGGUCCGCCCUCCGGCCAGCGGUCGCCCCCGCUGGGGCGGGAGUGAGGCGCGUGGGGAUCAGGAGCAACAGUAGGGGGGGA